UCGAGGAUGAUCAAGAACCGCGGUCCCUUAUGAAGGGGCCCUCGGAGGAGAGAGGAUGCUCGCGACUCGCUCGCAGCUGACCGAGGGAGAGCGCUCCGAGAAGGGAGGCCGAAGGAAGGAGAAAGGAACGGUUAACGAUCGGGUACCCCGACCUCAGGACAAAUGAACACCUCCGAACAGACGGCCGGAUAUCACAAGGAUGUGAGGAAUGAUCACUUGGGUUAUGGUCGGGCUGCUCCUGGCUGCGGAAACGACCUGCGGCAGAAGCCUGGCGUCCGGGAACCCAAAAGAGGACGUCGUCAAACAGAGGAACGGCUUGAAGGCUGCCGGUCCGGACGAUGAAGAGAUAUAUCGUCUAACGUGCUACACGUGCGUCAACGUGAGCGAUAACCAGAUGUGCAACGAAUGGGCCAUAGACACACCCUGUUCGGCAGCCGGUAGGGACUUCUGCCGAUCUCUGCACAUCUUGGACAGUCGCGGAAAUAGCGUCUUGGUCAGCAAGAGGUGCGCCAGCAGCGAGGAGUGCGGCCCAGCCUCGGUGGGUUGCGUUCCCGUCGACACCCAAAAGAUCUGCAUAAGCUGCUGCGAUGUCAGCUACUGCAACGUCGAGUCACCCACCAACGCGACCAAUGCGGUCUUCUCGAGAAAGAGGAGGACGAAAUCCAAGCCGAAACGCAAGCGACCCGGCAGGAACGCCGUCGACAGGAUCGGCCAUACUUCCGAUCGGGUCUUUUGGCUUCUCGUGGGCCUCUCGUAUGCAUAUCACUGUUGAAACCCCUCCUAGGAAGAGCGAAGCGGUCCGUGGCUUUGCUAUUAGUUGAACCAUGUCAUGGAAGAACGCUCCCUCCUGUCCGAUACCUGUUUGACGCCCCAUCACCUAUCUCUUCGUUAUCACCGGCAUCGCACUGUUGACUCCACUCAUUUGGUUGAUUUAAAAGUCCCUUAGAUUCGACACCCCAUCUUCCUAUCUAUUCGUUAUCACCGUCAUUGCCCUGUUGACUCCACUCGUUCAAUUAAUUUGCAAGUUCCUUCGGUUUGGAAUAACUUUUACCAGGCUAUUCGGUACGUUCUGUCCUCCUUUGAUGAUAAGAGCAAAUUUAGAGACGAACGUGUUGUUUCGUUCCUUGGAGGAUACGCCAUUUAAGGAGACCUAUUCGUAUCAAUUGAUUUGAUUAGGUAUUUUUCAAUUAGAGUGGGGCUUUCCUUAACUUAUUUGGAUCGCGAUGGUCGGCUUUCGAUUGGUCCUAUCUUAGGGAAUUGAUUAGAUCACCGAUUAGCGGCCAGGUUCGAUCACAAUCUUUCCUUAUUGCCAAUUAUGUAUAUUAUCUUUAGUGAAAGGAAGAUGGACGAUACGUUUGCGCGUAUUCUUGGGGAUUUUACGGGGACAGUCAAACGAUCGGCUCGAUUUCGGUAGAAUGAUAGUACCUAGCGUUCUUCCAUAAGACGUUUCCGCAAUCUAUGGCUUUAACGAGGCUGAAUCUUUUGAAUGAGAAAAGGCCAACCAGUGGCACCGGAUACAAGCCUUCGAAAGGACAAAUCUCCUACAGGUAGUUCAAUAACUGUUCCGCCUUCUUAGAGGAAUUAUUUAUAACCGAGAUCGAGAAUCAAUUAGAAGUCCCGGAGAACGAGAACGAUUCAACGAAGACCAAGAUAAAGUUAAAGAAAAUCAUUUUCAACGUCAACCCUGACCUAUCACGAAACGUUUCCCAUUGCAAAACUAUCUAGCUUCUCGUAAUACACAAAACCAAACAAUCGAAAGAAUUAUAGUGAUAUGAAAGUGUCAUAUAUACAUAAGGAAAAAAUCAAAACAUUGAUAAAACUUUU